CAGAGGGGGCAGGGAGCGCAGGAGGGGGUGCCUGCGCCAGUGUAUGUCAUCGUUGACGGGCCAGAACGGUCACCGUGGAUGUCAGAGAAGCGGGUGAAUUUUGGCCCCGGGAUCGAGAAGGGCCAAGGCAAAUUUGGGGUGUUGCAGGUGACAGGAGAAAGGGAGGGGUCCCGGAAUGCCUGGGGGCUUUGGUCCUUUGAAGUAUAAUCUGCCAGUUAUUUGACGGGCAAAACUGAGUUUGUUUGAGAACCAAAGAGCACCGCAGUCUGGAACAAGCAAGCUGAGGCUGAACAGUAGGCCAGUCUGGAGGACGCGAGAGAGGGUGGUGUGACCUUUGAGGACAUUGCCAUCUACUUCUCCUGGAAGGAAUGGAGACUUCUUGAUGAGGCUCAGAGACGGCUGUACUAUGACGUGAUGCUGGAGAACUUUACGCUUAUAUCCUCCCUGGGUUGCUGCUGUGGAGCAGAAGAUGCGGAGGCACCCCUUGAACAGAGCGUUUCUGUAGGUGUGUCACAGGCCAGCACGCCCAAGGCAGCUCUGUCUUCCCGGAAGACCCACCCCUGUGAGAUGUGCGGUCCGGUCUUGAGAGACGUUUUCCGUUUGGCUGAGCACCAGGGAAAACCAAGCAGCCAGAAACUGUUGAGGUGUGGGGCAUGUGGAAAACGAUUUUACUUCAGCGUAAACUUUCAGCAGCAGCCGGACCAGCAUACGGGAGAGAAACCAUUCAGAAAUAGUGUGGACACCCUCUGUUUUAUGAAGGGAUAUGGAUUCCAUGAUUCAGGAAAGCCCUUUACCUGUACAGAGGUUCAGAAGGAAUUCCUGCCUGGCGUGGUUCGUCUGCAGCAGUAUGCCAUUCAUACUGGAGAGAAGCCAAACACAAUCAUCCAGUGCAGGGAAACUUUACACAGUAGUAAAGGUCAUUACACUUGGGGAAAAUGCAAGGAAGCCUUUGGUCCUGAGCAUACACCCGUUCAGGAUGAGAGUGUCCAGCCUGGACGACCGUGUUUUGUGUGCAGUGAAUGUGGGAAAACAUUCAGGUACAAAUCUUUAUUGACUAUCCACCAGAGAUUCCAUACUGCAGAAGGACAUCAGGAGUUUGGCAAAGGUGAAAAAUCCAUUAGGAAAAGGUCUGUCCUUAGUCAAAAUGGAAAGGCUCACACUGGGUCCAGGCAGUACACGUGUAGCAAAUGUGGGAAAUCUAUAAGCCACAAAUCUGUGCUCAUUUAUCCCCAGAGAGGGCACAGUGGAGAAAAUGUUUAUGUUUGCAGUGGAUGUUCAAAAUCUUUUAGCCAUGGUUCAGUUUUAAUUACUCAGAAGGUUCAAUCUAGAGAAAGGCGUUAUAAGUGUGGUGACUGUACAAAAUGUUUUACCUCUAUCUCUGCUCUCAGAUAUCAUCAGAGAUCUCACACAGGGGAAAGACCUUAUCAGUGUAGGGAAUGUGGGAAGACUUAUAUCUCCAGUACUGGCCUCCGUUAUCAUCGCAGGGUUCACACUGGAGAAAGGCCUUAUGAGUGCAGUGAAUGUGGGAAAACUUUUACUGCUAGUUCUGUCCUCCAUUAUCAUAAGAGAAUUCACACUGUAGAAAGGCCUUAUAAGUGCCAUGAAUGUGGCAAAUCUUUUUUCUCUGCGUCUGACCUCCAUUAUCAUCACAGAGUUCACAGUUCAGAAAAGCCGUAUCAGUGCAAUGAAUGUGGCAAGUCCUUUCUCCGAAGAAACAGCCUCAAUGUACAUGUAAAGGUUCACUCAAGUGAAAGGCCUUAUAAGUGUAAUGAAUGUGGAAAAUCUUUGAAGUGGAAGGCAACGUUCAUUAAACACCAGAGAAUUCACACAGGAGAAAGACCUUACAGGUGCAGUGAAUGUGGCAAAUCUUUUACCGCUAGUUCUGCUCUCCAGUAUCAUCGGAGAGUUCAUACGGGAGAAAGGCCUUAUGAGUGCAGUGAAUGUGGGAAAUCUUUUAUCACUAGUUCUGUCCUCCAUGAACACCGGAGAGUUCACACUGGAGAAAGGCCUUAUGAGUGCAGGAAAUGUGGGACAUCUUUCUCCUCAACUUCUUCCCUCCGUCAUCACCAGAGAGUUCACAUUACAGAGAGGCCUUAUGAGUGUGGUGAAUGUGGCAAAUCUUUCCUCUCUGGGUCUGACCUCCAGUAUCACCAGAGAGUUCACACUGGAGAAAAGCCUUAUAAGUGCAGUGAAUGUGACAAGUCCUUUCUCCGAAGAAAUAGCUUCACUGAACACAUAAAAGUCCAUUCAGGUGAAAGGCCUUAUAAAUGUAAUGAAUGUGGGAAAUCUCUGAACUAUAAGUCGACAUUCAUUCAACACCAGAGAAUUCACACAGGAGAAAAGCCUUACCUAUGCAAUGAAUGUGGAAUGUCUUUUAGUCAUAGUCGUGCCCUACGGUUUCAUCGUCAUUGUCACCUUGGAAGAAGUCCUUAUGAGUGUAGUCAGUGUGGGAAAUCUUUUACUUCUAAUUCUUCCUUCAUGUCACACCAGAGAAUUCACACUGGAGAAAAGCCUUAUGAGUGCAGUGAAUGUGGGAAGGCUUUCACUGCUCGUUCUCUCCUCUAUUCUCACCGGAUUGUUCACACGGAAGAAAGGCCUUAUGAAUGCAGUGAAUGUGGCAAGUCCUUUCCCCGAAGAACUACCCUCAAUGUACACAUAAAGGUUCACUCAGCUGAACGGCCUUAUAAGUGUAAUGAAUGUGGGAAAUCGUUGAAGUAUAGAUCCACAUUCAUAAAACACCAGAGAAUUCACACAGGAGAAAGGCCUUAUGAGUGCAGUGAAUGUGGGAAGACUUUUAUCAGUCAUCCAGCUCUUAGUUAUCAUCGCAAGAGUGCACACAAGAGAAAGGCCUUAGGAGUGCCAUGAAUCUAGGAAGUCUUUCAACUAACUCUAAAAACGUACUCAACAUGAGAAACUAUACGGUAGAAAAUGUCUUUAUUCUUAACAUGAUGACCUGAAUGCUCAUGUUCACUAAAAUUUCUAUGUAGAAUACCCAUUCUGAAGGAAUGGUAUUUUUUUUAUUAACUUGUUGUAUUUUUUAUUUUUUUUAAUUUACAUCCAAAUUAGCAUAUUGUGCAACAAUAAUUUCAGGAGUAGUCUGAUGGAAUAGUAUUAACAGGUGAUAUCUUUGGGAGGUAUUUCAGUUGAGAAUGGUCAGGAGUGUGGAACAUUCAUGAGUGGGGUUAAUAUCAUAAUAUCUCUAAAGCAAGUUUCCUUCCCCUAUCAGUCAUGUGAGGACCCUUGAGAAGAUGAUCUAUAAAUCAGGAAGCUGGUGCACCAGUCACAGACCCAGGCCAUAUGCGGAAUGGUAGGUCAGAUAUACAGCCUCUACAACUGGGAAACUUCUUGUUUGUUUACAAGCCCCCUCCUUUGUGAUAUUUUGUUAGAGCAGGCUGAGCUGAGACAAAUGUGAAGAAUAUGGGUAAUCUUUUGACCAAAGAUAGUUUUGAAAUCUGAAUUCACCUUAGAGCAGAGCCUCAUAGGUGAGGUACAUGACCAUUCCUUUAGUCCAGUGAUCUGUCUUCAUUCCACGCUCAGAGGUCACACUGCAGAAACACUAAAGUAGCAGAGAAGGUGAUCUUUCCUUGCUUCAUGUAAUCACAGUGGAGGAGAACCGUUUGCGAGGCAGACACCUACCUGAGUUGAACUUUGUUCACCUGAAUGUCCAGAGGGGAGUGACUUACCAUAAUUUGAAGCUAUUUCAGAAAAAUACAGAAGCUGCGUUGUGCUUUUGCUGUGUUUGGAGUCCUUGCUCGAUUGAAAUCACUGCCAGUUUCUGUAGCAAAAGUCACUUCACCCCUGCCACUUGCCAGGUUCCCAUCAUGUGUAUCAGCCACCACCCACCGUGCUCAAGCAUGCUGACCUCUGCGCUUUGUCAUUGGCGACGGACAUUGUGGGUAAUUGGAACUCCUUGUUCCCUUCUAAGUCAGGACAUGGAUGUGACCCAGUGUUGACCCUCCUACCUGAACUGAGUUUGGGGUGGUGUCUUGCAGAGAGGCUGAGUCUCUUAGGACGUUGUUGGUCUCCUGAUGUUUGUGAUCAAUGUGUGCAGCACCCAAGUCGCCAGCACAGGAAUUUGGUGCCACGUUUUGCUCUGGUUUAUGCAUUAAUAAAUGCCUUUUUUGUUUAAUUACCUUUAACCUUAUGUGUUGUAUUCACUCAAAGGGGUUCUUUGAGAGCAGAAUUGGCGUCUGCCAGCAUGAAGAAGUGAACAGAUUUCAUUGCAUCCCAAACUUACUGUGUCUUGGAUAAUUGUAAAUAAAAAAAUAACUACGACACAUACUGUGCAGCUUGGAUGUGAAUUCGCAUUGUGACCCGACACCUUUGUUGUGGGCUGAAUCGUGUACCCCAAAUUCCUGUGUUUAAGUUGUGACCUCCAGUAUGUCAGAAUGUGACUGUAGUUAGACAUAGCAUGUUUCAUGAGAAUGAGGUUGAAGUUUAAUGAGAAUGAGGUUAUUAGGAUGGAGUCUUAGUACUCUUAGUAUGACUGCUGUCCUUAGAAAACAAGGAGCUGAGAAUAGUGGUACGGAAUGAUGACCAUUUGAAGACCGAGAAAUCCCCAUCUCCAAGCCAAGGAGAGAGGCCUCAGAAGAAACUGGCCCUGCUGAUACCUUAUGUCCAAUUUCUAGACUCCAGAUUUGUGUGGAAGUAAAUUUCUGUUGUCUAAUCACCUCGUGUGUCGGACACCGUUAUGGCAGUUCUGGAUAAUACAGCCCCCUGUGUUGUAUAUCUGGCUUCUGUGGUGGAUGCCGGCAAUUUUCCCGUGCUCAGAGGUCACCCUGAAGAGGAAGCAUCUCCAGUGGGUAUGAAACCAUCUCCAGUGGUUGUGGAGACAACAUGAAUAUUUUGCUUGUCCACAGCUGAUACCACAUACUGCCAGGCACUAUUGAGUGGAAUACCUACCCCAAAUGCUUCAAAGGAGGCAUGUGACCUGAUGCACACUAUUCGUGUGUUACACCACAGGGGCAAGGGAACUGUAAUUGGUAAUCUAGAAUAUAGGGUAAUGAGGGAAUAGAGGAGACAUCAGCCACUUAGUGGAGUGUAUCUCAUAAAUAUGUAUCCACGGGUGUUCUAGUGACUGGGCAGGAUCAGUGUGUACAGAAAUUCUUCACUAUAGACAGAUGUGUCCUGUGUCCAAGAGGUCACUGUCAUAAAAUAAUCCAAAGGUGUCUGAACUCGCAUAUCCUCUCUGGUGUUUACGUCUCAAGGCCAUCGUGCGAGAGAGGAAGAGGAUACAAGACAAGGGUGGUUUCAUAGUCCAGAGAGGUAGCUUUUUUGACACGCCUAGCCAGCAUUGUUGUUGGUACCAGCUGUGCCUGUGGCAGAUGCUUGUUCUGAAACAUUCACCUCCCAAGUAGUCUUCCAGGUACUCCCCAGCCUCCUUGGCUGUAAAAACUGGUCGUCCUGGAGUUGGUGGUGCAGGGACCGACUCCUCUUAUGGGUGCCAAAGUCACACUUCUGUCCCUGAGUCCGUAAAUAAACCGUUUCUCCUCAAGCUGGACUUCUCAACCUUUUCCCUUGCUUAAGGUUUGGAGGUCAUUUUGCGUAUACGUCCCUUCCAGGCAAUACUACUAUUUUCUUCUCUGGAAGUAUACCACUAUUUACCCAUUCAUCUGUUUGGACCAUUUGGGUUACUUAGAGUUUUGGCGUUUGUUAACAAAGUGCUCUCUCAAAAUUUUCAUUACCGUUCUCUAUGUGGAUAGAGGUUUCCUUUCUCUUGUGGUGUGACUCAAAGCACAAUGCCCCUCACAGGUAGGUUAGUGCUAAUAUUUUUAAGAAACUGCCCAAAUGUGAUCUAAACUUCAGUUCUGCAUUCCCACCAGCAUGUAUGAGAGUUCCAGUGCCUCCAGUCCCUGCCACUACUUGAUAGUGCCAGUCUGUAAUGUCAGCCCAUUUCAUAAGUGUGUAGUGCUGUUGCCAUUGCAUUUCCUAGGGGUGUUGAUUUUGAGUAUUUUUUCGUGUGUUUAUGUACCACCUGUCUAUCUCCUUCGGUACAAUUUCUGUUCAUAUCGUUUGCCCAUUAUCUUUCCGAUGAGUUAUGGCUAUUUCCAUUUUCAUUUACAAAUAAGAAACGCAUACAACAAUGGUAUGUAUUCUAAUUUUCCUCAUUCUUAAAUGGUGUGACAUUUUGCUGUAUGGAGUCAUAGUAA